CGGAUGUUUUCGUAACUUUAAACAAAAUGAACCCCAAAGACAGCCAAGUUACUAGAAGAAUCUAUUUUGUUUUAACGUGAAAAUUAUUGCGAGAUAUUAGUUAUAUUAUUUUCAAGAGUUUAAUUAUGCGUACACAAUGUUUUCAGAAGUUGUCACACCUGUAACUGAAGUUAACAUUUAAAAAAAAUAUUAUUUGAAAAUGGCGGCAUCAUUCUGCAUGGAUGAUAGUGUCACCAAGUUAAAGCAAAUUAAUGGGUGGGUGUUGGAAUUUGUUUGCAAGAGAGUAUGGCAAGAGCUUAAGGAAACCCAUCAGGUGAAAUUGACAUCUGUAGAUUACGUUCAAGGCGUAUUGGGCGAAGAUUUCGACAAGACACCACACCACACCUGUCUAAUCCACCUGCUUCUGGUCAUGUGUAAACUGAUGGACGGUGAGAAGUACGACACUAGAUACGGCGAUGAAUAUGGCCCCACAGUGUUAGAGCAAGUGGCCUCUUCAUUCAGCUGUCUCAUCGGUCACAGAAUGAUACUCGACUGUGAAAACAUUGUCUGCAAGUCAAAUGAAUACAAAACACUUAUUAUGAAACAGGCUGUGUUUGUGUGCUGCAGGGAUGGAAAUUUUGAAAUGGCAAAAGAAGUAUUCACAAGGCAGUGGAAUGAUGUCGACGAGUCUGCAUUGGAGGCAAAGAAAGAAGUGCUUGAAGUGCUCAUGUCUGAAGACGCCCAGCAUGAAACUCUGAUGUCCGACAGCUAUGAAACAUUUCUUGAUGAAAUGAUAACAUUUCUUGAUGAAAUAUUUCGCAGAUUACCUGAGCCAUUUCUCUUUAAGUUGGCCAGGAGUUAUGACCCAGUCGUAAUGGGCACUGGCGAUGUUUCAUAUUCUGUGGAGAGCUCGUAUUUUAAAGUGGCAAACAAACAGGGUCAUAAGAGUCCGACGUCGUUGAGUCCCCAGGCAGCAGCCAGUCUGUCUGAAAAACUCCACCGCUGUAGAAUGCAGACUAUGCAAGAGCUGGCAGGCUUUGAAAAAGACUCACCUGGGAAAAAAUCUCAAAGCAAUUCAAAAAGAAGAAACUCCAGCCAAGAUGAUACAUGUAUGCAAGAUGAAAAUGAAUUGCACAAUGGUGUAAACACCGAAGUCAGGUCUCGUAAAACACCCACCAAGUCGAGAACAAAGGAUUUACCUGUCGUAGUGAAGAAAGUUAAACAAGACGAAAGAAAGCUGAAAGAGACCACAAAUAAGUCUCGUAAAACACCCACCAAGUCAAGAACAAAGGAUUUAUCUGUUGUACUGAAGACGGCUAAGGAAGACAGAAAAAAGCUAAAAGAUGCCACAAAUAAUUAUGCGGAUCAUUUUCCACUAACGCCAAGGUUUGAAGAUGAAAUGGAAGACCAAAGCUCAAGGCAGAAAAACAAAGGUGCAUCGUCAUCAGUGAUUAGUCAAGAAUUCAGGUACAAGAAAAACAGAAACCGUUCAAAUAGACAUGACCAUUCCUCCGAGCCAGAGUCUGAUGUAUCCGAUAUGGAUAUUGAUGAGGACGGAAGACCUCCACAUUUAAAACAAAUACAAGGCCAGAACAGAAUAAAACCUCAUCUUCGAUUUAAUCCAAAAUGCAACAGAACUCCAGAAGGCACUAUUCCAAGAAGUAAUUGGACAGAAGACGAGGAAGAAGCCUUUUACCUAGAAGUGAUGCAGCAUGGAGUUGGUAACUGGAAGUUAAUUCAGGAUUCUUUGAAUACUACGCGGACAAAUGUUGCUUUGAAAGACAAGUGGAGGCAACUCAACAGAAGUGGAAAAUUAUAUGAUUUGAUCAAGAAGCACGGCAAAGUUAAGAAAUGAAGCCAAUUUGGUUAGAACCCUUCAAAAAAACAGACACGGAAGAGUGAGGAAAAUAAACUUUUAAACUUUUGUUAACUGAUGUAUUAAUGUGUUGGCUCUUA